UAGUUGUUAGUGGACAGAGCUAGAACAGACUUUAUUUAUUUUUUCCGGCGUGUAUUUGUGACUGCUCCCGUGAUGAGAUUGUUGCAAAAGUUUGCCAUAGUCUUCACCAUCGGCACUGUGUCCUAUGCAAUCCGGUGGUUCUACAUCGGCCGACUCUACCGCAGCAGAAGGAAAUUCGUUAAGAAUGAGCUGGUUGUUAUCACUGGAGCAACUUCAGGAAUUGGGUUGGCCUUGGCUGAUGAACUUGUCUCGAGAAAUUGUCAUUUAGUUUUGGGUUGCAGAAGUCUAGCGCGAGGUCGGGAAAUACAAAAGCAACUUCAACAACGAAUCGGUCACCCAGAUACUAAGAUCAAUAUUUUCGAACUAGAGCUUACCAGUUUGGAAAGCGUUGUACGUUUCGUUAAGGAUGUCAACGAACUACAGAAACCGAUAUACGCGUUAGUGAAUAAUGCUGGAAUAUUUUAUACUCAAUCUACGUUAACUGUGGAUGGAAUCGAACAGACAUUCCAGGUAAAUUAUUUGAGUCACUAUUUGCUAACUCUUUUGCUGCUACCAAAAUUAAAACAAUAUUCUGGAAAUAGUCGGAUAGUGAUAUUGUCUUCGAAGGCACAUCAAAGAGUUGAACGAUUUCCGGAUUUAGAGCUGCAUCGGGAAUUUGAAGACUCUUCUAGUAAUCGUUUCAGGUCCUAUCAGUACAGCAAGUUCAGUUCGGUAUUGUUUGCAUAUAAGCUCUCAUCGAUUUUGGCUAAUUCCAACGUGUCUGUUCAUUGUGUUGAUCCUGGCAACGUUGAAACUAGCAUCUUCAGAAGCUUCCCACCUUUAUCAAAUAAGUUUCUCUACUACAUACAAAAACCGUUAAGAGUGCUUUUGAUCAAAACUCCUAGGGAAGGAGCACAAGGUUUAUUGCUAGCCAUUCUUUCCCCUAAUCCUCCCAGAUUCUACAUUAAUGAACAUCAUUUCGACAAAGACGAGGACUACAAAAUAAACCCUCGGAUAUUCAAUCCAAUAUUAGGCGACACAUUAUGGACGCUGAGUCGCAAACUAUGUCGCGAGUAUCUGCUCGAGAUGGUUUAGUUCCAAAAAUUUGGACUAACGCUGCCAAAGGUCUUCGGAAAGAGUUGAUUGAGUUCAGUUUUUCGACGAUGAUCAAACCAGCCCCAGAGGCUCGUUGUCUCAUAGAUAUAAGUGCAAUAAGUAAUCCUGAAGGCAAAGAA